CUACCAACAAAAAUCAAACGCUUGCUUGUAGACAACAAAAGCAUCAAUCAUUACGAUUACGUUUAUGCAAAUUCCCCCAAAUCAUCACCCCCAUCCCUAACCCUAAAAACCCUAAUUCCUUCAAAAUCAACCAAAAUUAGGCCUCAAUAAUCUCUCUCGAGCACAAAACCACACAUCAUGGGCCGAAUUUCAGUAGAAUCCGCAAAAACGGUGUUGGAGGUGGCAGAAGUGGCAUUCAAAGCGGUCGAAUUCUCGCACAAACAUCCUAUCCACUACAAGAACGGGAAUCAGGAUAAAUUGGAUCAUAAGGAGGAUGAUACGACACCGUUGGAUGUGAAAGAAAAGGAGUUGGAGGGUUUGAGAUUGGAGAAUCAACGGCUGAGAGAUUUGCUUGAAGAGAAUGUUAAACUUCUUCAGAGUAUUUCGGAGUCGCCUUGCUUGUUGGAGGAUUGUCCUCCUGAUCUCCAUACACGUAUUAUGGAUACUGUUGAAUCUCCAAAGUUCUUGAGUCAACUUAAGACUCUCCAUAAAGAUUCACUUGAUGGAUUACCUGGAAUUGAUCUUCAAGUGGAUGAAAUAUUAAUCAACGUUGGGCGUGAAGAACCAAGCUUGUGGAUAUGGGUCACUGACGAAAUGGUACACGGUAACGUUGAAGAGAAGAGCGGGAUCGAUAACGAGAAUUACGUAGUUAUUAAUCAGGAACAGGUGGUGGAUGGCAUUGCCAAUUUUAUGGCCAGAUGUGUUCUUUUAAACCCAAAAGCUAAGAGUUUGACGCCGGAGGAGAUGCAAAAGAAGCUGAGCAGGGCAUUGGGUGGCAUGAGCAAGUUUGAGAAGGUAUUAGAAAUAUGGCAUGCUGGACAGAUUUUCUAUUUGAUGGCUACUUGGGGGCUUGCUUUAGCAGGGUUGUACCAAAGUCGAGCAGUGUUACGAGUUGCAGCAAAGGGAGUCCAUGCAACAAGCAAACUUGCUAUGAAAGCUCUUUAAGUUGUGAAAACAUGAAACAUGAAAAUUGAAAAAGUGUAAAUACUGUUGUAUAUGUGCAAUUCGAAUAACUGUUUAUUAUCUUGAUUUUCGUUUUUAUUCUGAUUGUAAGAUAAGAUUUGAUUGCUUUACUUUAAAAAUGGCUUUGUAAAUAUAUCAUUGACUAGUGUGUUUCACCUUGGGUU